AUGGGAAUUCCUACACAAGAUACAAACCGCGUUACCAAGCGCAAAUCUACACCAAGAAAAAAUUGGACAGAGGCUGUCAAGGAAAAGAUUGUACAGUUCUUCACUGGCAAACCACUCCCAUCCCGUUCAGUUGCUGAUAAAUCCCAGUCACCGCAACGUGCCGCUCUACUAGAUGCCCUCGAAUGCACCAAAUGCGAAGAUCUGCACAUUAUUCCAUACAUGAUGAAUGCAGACAUUGCUGCUGGAUCAUAUAUCACCUCGGAAUACCCACCUUUCUUUGCCAGCAAAAGCACACGAGAUGAUCUUAUAUCUCCCUUCGACACAGACAUAGUAGCCCACCAAAGUAAUAAUGCAACAUUCUGGGAAGAUAUCACCCCCACCGAGCAACAUCUUUACUACAACAAGAUUGAUACCAUCCUCAAGAAGGCAGAGGCUCAGUCGGGCAAGUCAAUAGAUGAAGCCUCCGUUCUUUUCGCCCACUACCAGGUAGACUUCCACAUCCGCCAGCACUACCUCGCUCCGCGAAGUAACCUGAAUAUAUGCCGCUCAAAGGAUGAUAUUAGGGCGCUGACCCACUGGCAGUGGAAGUGCGCCGUUGCGGAUGAGACAGCACUUGCAGAAUUCUCCGACUGGGGUGUGGGAUGGGUGCAUGAGCCGAGCAAUUCUAUUGGCCACCAGAUUGCGGCAUGGCGGAUGGGCGAAAGAAGGCGAGAGCAGCACCUCGCGGAAGUAAGAUCCCGGUGGGCCGUGAUCCAGGACGAGAGACAAAAACAGAGGAUGCGGACAGUCAACAUUUGGUUCAAGGGUGUGCAUGUUAGAACUUACAAGUAUGAGCUAUGCAGACCGUCUCUAACAGAGAAAGAGAUUAAGAAGAUUGCAAGGGAAAAAGGUAGAAGUCAUGAAGCUUAUUUGAAGAAAUUUGGCAUAUGA